CCGAAACGCGUCCGUCCCUCCGUUCACUUUCACUCUGAGCGAGCGAAGCGCAUCCCCCGUACAUAUCCCAUCCACCCCCAUCUUAUACUACUCCCCCCUUCAUCGCCUGCCCGGUUUCCGCCUCCUUUAUUUUGUGUGUUUUUCUCUUGUGAAACAGGUCAUCUUCAUAUACCCCUUUCUUCUUCUUCUUCUUCUCCUUCUCCUUCUCUUCUUCGUAGUCUCUUGCCUAACUGUAUAGUCCCUAAGCUUCCUUUUGUCCCUUCACGUGCCUCUCAUCACCCAUUCGAGUUUCACCAAUCAACCAUUCGCGCUCAUUGGUUCCAAUUGAUCUGUGUCACACGGCUGGAACUCACUGCUGGUUGUAAAGCCGAUCGCGUCGGGGUGCAUCUGUCUCACUAUGAGGCCAGACUCUUCAUCGUAAUACCUAAUUGUUAUGGACGUGGUCGCGGUGACGGGUUUCUAUCACACACCCUUUCAGGCCCCGGGCUUCAAACCCCAAAUUCGUUGCCAGAUCAGGUAGCCGCAGAAUCGUGGCGCGCUGCGCCCAUGUUCUCUUCUAGAGAUGGCGACCGUCUCUCCUUACAAACGCGACUCGCUUCCGUUUAUUCACCGCGCUUGGAAGACAGCUGUCGAUAAUUUUCCGAGAUACGGCGCUAUGGGUAUCAAGCUAUCCACUGCAAAUGGUGAUACGUCUACCAAUGGGGACCACCCUCCACGGCCCCUCAAGCGACGUCGUGUCGAUGAGGCUUCUCCGGACACUGCUCGAGCCAUGCCUGGCCGCCUUGUCCCAGCUGUUCCUGAUGAUGUCGACAAGACCCUUCGGAUUGAAGUCCUUUCCAUUACUCGUAGCAGCUCAAAUCAAAGGUCAGCUAAUCUGCACUAUGGAAAUGGGUCACCGGAAAAGAAGGACAUUCCCGUCAUCAAGGCCCGCUGUAGAGUCUUGGUUUGUGAGUGGGCCCCCGAUAUCUGCCGAGUACUGCAUUGUGAUAGUCAGAUAUGCAAUUUCAAGGUUUUCCGCGACUCAGAUGACGUUUGCCGAACUGCUAGAAUCUAUCUGCCAGCGCCGUUUCAGGUUCCAACGGAAAAGCUCUUAAUCGAACGAGCUGGUCAGCCGGGUAAUAAUUUGGGUGACCAAUAUCUCAUUAGGGUGGAAAUUGAAUCCGCCGGUGACCUGAAGUCCCCUUGGCCUCCUACAGAUCUUCUGUCAAAACAGCAGGGCGCCAGCCUUGGGUUUGACGAAUCGCGCCGGUGGAUCCUAUCAUCUCAGAUCAUCUAUGGGUUCGAGAAGGGAAGGGCAUCUGGUGAGGUGAAAUUACGAAAACUGAAAGAAGACUUUUCACUCGGCUUGACCAUGGACAUGGAUUUGCGCUGGUCAACCCAUGCGGCAGCUACCUCGGCGCGACUCGGGGAAUCUGCCCCUCCGCCUGACGUUACGGCGAAUCAUACCAACGGGAUCACCAACGGGGUCUUACAACCGUUGACCAAUGGCCACGUGAAUGGGAAGGUUGACGCUACUCUGUACGAUCACCAAAAAGCAGAGAGUGAGAGGAAUGGGGUGGCAGAGGAUGAAGAAGAGCACGAGGAGGCGACCACGCCCAGUCGAUCCUUGAGGACGAGGGAAAAACAGAAUUAUAACCUCAAACUCCUGAGCGAUAAAGCUCGAGGAAAGGAACGCAAGGAAAAGAAGCGGCGCAAGUUAGCAACCCUAGAGAGGAAAGGCGGCGGUGUGACUUGGGCUGUUCCUCUGAUAGGGGAGUUCACACUUGAUAACUAUCAUUGUAUUCGGUGCUUUGCCACUCAUGUAUGCCUGGAGCAACUGCAAGAGCAUUUAAAAUUCCACACGGACAUAGUGUUCCAUGUUGACCCAGCAAACGCCUACAUCCGGAUCUUCGCCCCGGAUGAGGAUGCGCUUCGCUCAGCCAACGCGACUUUCCACAGUUUCUCAAGCCUCGAAGAUCAAGAGUCGGAUGUGGAGGGCGAGGUAUCCCCACAGAAGUUGCCAAAACGACCAUCGCAACAGAGGAACAAGUCUUCUCAGCCACAGCCAGCCAAGCCGAAGGAUAACAGGCGGUUAAUCCCGCACAUAAAGCAGCCUCUAUAUGAUCGCCUCAGCAAAUCACUGCUUGAACCAGAUUCACUUGUCGACCCUCCACCAGUCAAUGACACGUGGCUCGUCCAAAAGCAUCGAGAUAUUAUUAGGGAUUACAGCGAUGUUCACCAGGAUGAGAAGGAGUAUAUCUUCGAAUGGGAUGCCUACGUAAACAGGGAUUGUGUCACUUCAGAGCCCCAACUUCAAGAUUUAUAUAUUAAAUUCAUCCAGGACAAGAGCACAUGGAUAUCAGCGUCACAAAAUCGGGCUACGGAAUGGGCUAAGCACUUGAGCUAUCUCAAAUCAAGGAAUGCUCUAACAGAAGAGACAAUUACUGAGGCCUUCACCAUCAUGCGCCAAUCAAGGUCCCAGAAGCGACUAGAUCCAGACGCUACCAAAGUAUCACCCCCAAGGCCAGCAUACCGAAAAUCCGUAGCAGGUUGCCCUGUGUGUGGUCAGCCAGUGAGAGGUCCGGCCAUUGUGGUCUGCUCGAACUCGGAUUGUAACAAUGCGCUAUAUCACACAGAAUGUAUCCGGUCUGAAGCAAAGCAGCCCGUAGAGAGCCGCAAUUGGCGCUGCAAUAAGUGUCACGACGAACAGAAGACGACUUAGUGUGCAUCGCUUACUUUGCUUGGUCGUGUGAAUGGCAGAAUGUCACGAACAUCUGCCAUGACUUUAUACAACGUUGCUAAAGCAGACUAAUUUGUGCCAGGAAUUUUUGACGUGAUAUACGGUAACGCAGAGAUGGUACAUGAAGGCUGAAGGCAGCGAACUCCACUGGUCGGUUUAAUUGCAAUUGUAAAUAUGUAUCAUAUCUACCAAGGCGGCCCACAGGACCAAGGCAUAGAGGGCGUUCAGUAGGUUGCUAGAGGGUAUAAAGCGCAACAAAUCAUUGAGCUUACAAAACAUAGCAAAUAAGAAGUAACUCAGAGUACUCAAAUUGAUACCGGGAAUACCGUGAUCAUCA